AUGGGAGGGGUGGAUCACGUGUCCACAUCGCGGUGGUUUGUGUUUGUAUCUAGCGCGGAGGCGUCUUACCCCGGGGCGGAAGGGCUAGGUAACGUGAGCCGACGACUCGAGCUCUGUAACGUGAGCCGACGACUCGAGCUCUGUAACGUGAGCCGACGACUCGAGCUCUGUAACGUGAGCCGACGACUCGAGCUCUGUAACGUGAGCCGACGACUCGAGCUCUGUAACGUGAGCCGACGACUCGAGCUCUGUAACGUGAGCCGACGACUCGAGCUCUGUAACGUGAGCCGACGACUCGAGCUAGGUAACGUGAGCCGACGACUCGAGCUAGGUAACGUGAGCCGACGACUCGAGCUCUGUAACGUGAGCCGACGACUCGAGCUCGGUAACGUGAGCCGACGACUCGAGCUCUGUAACGUGAGCCGACGACUCGAGCUCUGUAACGUGAGCCGACGACUCGAGCUCGGUAACGUGAGCCGACGACUCGAGCUCUGUAACGUGAGCCGACGACUUGAGCUCUGUAACGUGAGCCGACGACUCGAGCUCUGUAACGUGAGCCGACUCGAGCUCUGUAACGUGAGCCGACGACUCGAGCUCUGUAACGUGAGCCGACGACUCGAGCUCUGUAACGUGAGCCGACGACUCGAGCUAGGUAACGUGAGCCGACGACUCGAGCUCUGUAACGUGAGCCGACGACUCGAGCUAGGUAACGUGAGCCGACGACUCGAGCUCUGUAACGUAUUUCUCCAGCCUGACACAACAGGGACGUUGUAUCAGAGUGUAUUGGUGGACCAGGACAGUCCAGUCAACGCUGACCUACUACUGGACCAGUCUGGACAGAAUGUCUACGUCCUCACUGACGGCAAGGUGUCCAAGGUGUCUGUAUCUCAGUGUGAACAGCAGCCUGACUGCCAGUCCUGUCUGUCUGUCAGAGACCCUCACUGUGGCUGGUGUGUCCUGGAGGGAAGAUGUAGUCGUCGAAUGGAGUGUAGUCGUGAGGGUCAAGCCAACCACUGGCUGUGGAGCUACCAGCCUGCCAACCAGCCUGCCAACCAGCCUGCCAACCAGCCUGCCAACCAGCCUGCCAGCCAGCCUGCCAACCAGUGUGUGACUGUCCAGAGCUUGGAGCCUGCCAUCCAAAGCAGAGAGGAGGAGACUCAGGUUUCUCUUGUUGUGGCCCUGCUGCCCACCCUGUCAGAGGAGGAGGAGUCUCUAUCCUGCUCCUUUGGAACCCUCGCCCCUCAACCAGCCGUCGUUACGGGAACCACCAUAACCUGUCAAUCACCCCUGCCUGAGCUCCUCCCACCCAGCCCACCAGGAAGUGACCACGUGUCCCUACGUGUGUCUGUGAUGUUCAGAGACGUGACCAUCUCUAGCAGUGACCUCAUCUUCUACGACUGUCGAGCUGUGGGGCGACUCAACAUCACCUCCCCGUGUAUGGCGUGUGUGGGCAGUGUGUGGCCAUGCAACUGGUGUGUCCUGGGUGGGCUGUGUACCCACAACAACAGCAGCUGUCCCAGGCAGCACACCAUACACAACUCACUGGAGCAGGAGUUGGAGCCGCGGGGUGCAGAGUCGUGUCCCUUUGUGUGGGCUCUACAGAGUUCUCCUCUGGUCCCCAUGGGCUUCCUGUCCCCUCUGACCCUACUGGGCAGGAACCUGGACGUGUUUCAAGGUGAGGAACAGUAUACCUGUGUGGUGGUCGUUGUGGGGGAGGAGCUUAAACUGAACGCCAUUCUGAAGAAAGACCCAGAAACCAAGGUCACCACCUUUACAUGCUCUGUCCACCAGUUCCAGUACCCUUUGAGACAUUUGGAGUACUCUGCUCCCAUCUAUCUGCGAAGAGGUUUCCAUCGCAUCGACUCUGCUCCCGACCUCAGACUGCAGCUGUAUGACUGUUCAGUGGGCCAGUCUGACUGUAGCCAGUGCAGAGCGGUGUCUUCAGGGUACGGCUGUGUCUGGUGUGGUGGAGAGACACCAGGCUGUGUCUACAAUCUCUCCUGUACCAGCUCACCUGGGUCCGCUGACACCUGUCCCUCGCCUCAGAUCACACAGAUCCAGCCAGUGACUGGUCCGGUGGAGGGAGGUGUUCUGAUCACCAUCCGUGGGUCCAACCUGGGGAUGCAGUACCAGGACAUCCAGGGAGGAGUGACUGUAGCUGGGGUCAGCUGCCUGCCUCAGUCCCAUGGAUACCUCAUCUCUACCAGGAUAGUGUGUGAGCUCCAGCCCAGUAAACAGGAGACAGAGGGACCUGUCAUUGUUUCCGUGAGAGACUCAGAACCAGGACAGUCUCUGCAGAUAUUCACCUACCAGGACCCCCAGUUGACUGCUAUAGUCCCUGAUAAGGGCCCUGUAUCAGGAGGGACCAGCCUGACAGUCCAGCCUGACAGCUAUGGUUAG